AUGCGUCCCGAGCUUGAUUUCUUAGACGAGUGCCUUCAUACAUUACGCGACUUGCGAACAGGACAUGCACCUGUUCUUCAAAGUCCUAUAAUGGAUAUGCCCGAUGCGCAUUUGAACUUGCAACAUGUCUGUGCUCAAUCGUUUGCAGCUGCUUUGCGAAAGCGCCCUAUCUCGAGUGAAGUACACGACGCACUUGUUUCAAUGUAUGAGCGCAACUUGGGGCAACUGAAGCACAUGUACACGGAGCAUUUCCGCGAUGCUCAGCAGCGCUGGGGAUCUGCACGCCAAAGAGCCCUUCCUCAGAUCCAGCGAUUGUUUGAAGUCCAAUGCCAAAUGGCCGCAUGUGACUUACAACAUGCUAUCGUUACGCUCGUUGACGAACGACUUGAAUUGUUUGCGGCUGAUGCAAGCGCACCGCAAGAAUCGCACAGGCCUCACAGUGCUCAUGCUAUUGCGAUAUUAGAACGUGCUUUUGAACAUACACCUAACAUUACGCAGGCCGAAAAAUACAAACUCGCCCAUGCAACAGGGCUGCAACCACGUCAAGUCACCAUCUGGUUCCAGAAUCGACGCAAUAGGCGAUCAAAUGCGAGGCGGACAACCACACUAGAGUCAGAUUUUAUGUCUCCCGACCCAGGGCUUCCCUCACCGCCGCCGUCACGACUUGAAGAUCCGUCAUUACCUUCUCCUAUAAGGAAGUAUCCACAUGAUCUGAAGCAGGAAAGUAAUGGCAUCAUCAAGCGCGAAGGGAAUCUCUCCACCGCCGUGCCGGAGUGGUCGGGCACCGCGUCAAUCGAACCUCCCGCAAUCGAUGGACCAGCACAGUCCAUGACCUUCUCUUCCUCGCCCCUGCAACACGGAGACGCGGCACUCUCUCCUUCGACGAUACAGAUGCACACACCGGCCCUAGUACCUUCUGUGGUAGCACCGUCGUCUCCUACCAUGCUGGCAUCAGCACAAGCUACCCCUGCGUCGACUGCCGCAUCUAUGUCGAUCAUGCCAGCAGCGCCUCCCCUGUCGUUGGACCAGCUGCUUGACAUGGACAAUGCACGGCAGUGCGUGGUGUUUAGCCCACUAGACUCGCUACCGAGACUAGAUUUUGACGACUUGCGACUUGACGUGACGACGAUGGAGAACUGGCUUGGCAUGCCAUCUGCGUCAGGUGUGUCGUCACUGCACGUGCCGCCGAUAAGCGCCGGCGCGAUACGUGCUGCUGAGGUGGCACUAGCUCACUCGCUCAAUGCGCCCGAUGAACUCAUGGGGCGGGCUGCCGACGAGGGUUGGUCCCUAUCUGAGCAGAUAACGCCUGUAUGGAACGUCCCUGCCGAGGCACACCAAAGACUUCAUCCGGACCCGGCUGUUCGCCUUGACGGUGUGAUGCUUCGACGAGACAGCUUUGCCAAGUUGGAAAGACAAGCGCCACCCCCAUCUGCGCCAUUGAUGACGACAUCUCAUUACGCAACAUCACCACUGUCCAUGGCGAAUGCUGUUACGGGAGCACGUUGGAAUCACGAUGCCAUUGCACCCAGUUUGCUUACGUGCGAUUUCUCUCGCAUCAUAUCGUCCCCCUUAGUGCCGUAG